AUGAACAGUGGCUCAGGAACACUCACCCAGCCAUGGGCCCUUCAUCUCCAAACCCAACCUGGUAGCGUUGGGAUGGAACGUUCUUUCAGUAUUGAUAUUCAAGAGGAACGAGAAGACCUUAAAGAAGCAGCAGAACAAACACUUAAUGUCAUUCUUGAUCUUGGCAUGGAUGGCGUCAUACAGUGGGUUAGUCCAUCUUGGACCAAUGUUAUCGGUACCACCCUCGAGUCAGUACAGGGAAAGCCUAUAAAGGAUCUAUUAGUCAGCGAAAAUAAAAGUGUUUUCUCGGACGCGAUGGAAUGCAUGAAAAAAGAUAAUUCAAGGAGUCAAUUUAUUCGUUUCUCCGUGCGAUUAGGCCCCGCCUCAAAACUAGCACCAUUCUCAGAUCCCGAGAAAUGGAACGAUAACGCCCUCGCAGAUACAACUCAUGAAGAACUAGCUACUAUCAACCUCGAGGGACAAGGAAUUUUAGUUAAUGAGCGGGCUUCGGAUCAGGAGGGUGAAGAGACAAAUGAUAGAGGAGGAGAAACCCACACAAUGUGGAUGAUCCGUCCAUGGAUUGCUCCUCGAGAAAUUCAGAUUGACCUCCCAACUAUGAUUGUAGAAUCUCUAGGUUCUGGUGCAGAAGUUCUGGCUAGCUAUCUAACUCAGCUGUCCGACCCAAGUUUGGAAGACCCCUCAUACUUUGAUCCCCCAUCGCCUGUUCUCUGUCGUAUCUGUGAGUGUCAAAUUCCACCUUGGUGGUUUGAAAAACAUUCGGAGCUCUGUCUUCAGGAACAUAAAGCAGAGAUGGAGGUGCAGAUAUGCCAGGAAAACCUAACCGAACAUCGACAUGCCAUUGUUAAAGUCCUUGACGCAUUAGAAACAAAGAAAACUGAAUCCACAUCAGAAGAACAGUCAGUAUCGACUGUACCUCAGGCCGAGUAUAAAGGUAUGACUAUCGGUCCUAGCUCUCCAAUAACCCCUACCUCAUCUGGACCUACAUCGCUGGGUCUUGGGCGAUCACGAGACCUUGCCAACAGCGGUAAUGGCUUUGGACACUCACGCACAAAAUCUUUUGCCGUUAGACGCCCCCUGGCUAGGAUUGUUGAGCUGUUAUUAGACCUUUGCGAUACUUCUCUCGAAAUAAGUACUCCUGCUAUAAAGGAAGCAGCAUCUCAAACCCCGGGUGAGUUCCGUGUUCAAUCACCCCAAUCAGAGGGACGUAUUUCUCAGGUAAUGCAAUGGCAAUCUCCAAGUACGAAUACACUCGAUCAAGAACAGGGACUAGCGACUCUAUGCGCUGAUACUGAGAGGGUUGCAAAGGCUAAAAUAGAAGCUGUGCUUCGAUAUCGAAGCAUCAUUGAGUACACUGAACGCAUUCGCGUCGAGUUCUCCAUGAUGGUUCAGGAAUGCAUAGAUGAAGCAAUACAAAAAGCUCUUAGAUUCUCUUCAGGGAACUACACAGAAUCUGAAUAUCAGGAAGAGGAUGACUUUGCAGAUGAAAAUUAUGAUAACAACGACGAACAAAUAGCCAUGGAAAGUGGAGAGAACGAGGAAGAAGGUGUAACCAGAAAAGCAUUGAACAAAAUUCAAGAAAAAGGAUUUUUUACCGGCUCCUUUAAUCACCCAAUACCUCAGGGUAAAUGCAAAGAAAUAAAUCAAGAAAAUAAUCGAGAGUUUUUACUGUCGCCUACCACUACCACUGCUUCUAAACUGAUUGCUAGAUCAGGUAGCCCGAAAGAAUACCCCAUACCUCGAUCCCCAGCACUGCAGCACAACCUCAGCUUGCGGUCUCAAGAAUCUCGACGCCAAUCCCUUUUUAAUGAAAGCGACUUCGGCGAUAGUGAUGGCAGUUUGAAAUCUUCAUCGAUAAACUCACGGCCUACGCGAUUGGAAUCACCAGUAUCUGAAUUUGGUAAUCUUCGACGGGCCACGAGUUCCUGUCAGCGGAGUCGUAGGAGUGUUAUUAUUCCGGGUACGUCAUCGCCACAUCGACAAGAGUCGCCCGUUAGGGUCCCGCAACCAUCUUCGCCGCUCCGUAUAUCAAAGCCUCGGUCCUUAGUAGUAGCUCACGAAGGAAUCAUCUCGCCAGCAGGAUCGCCAUUGCUGACCAAUAGUGAGUUUAGCUCUCCCUUAGUUCAUCUCCCUCAUCAUCAGCAUCGACGUCAAUCAUCUGUCCCGGGAGUAGAUUCUUCGAGACCACCACCUUCUCCUCGACUAUCUUCCGUAAAUGCGCCACAAGUCCGUGCCGUUCCGCCUUCCAUUAAAGAUUUUGAGAUAAUUAAGCCUAUCAGUAAGGGGGCUUUCGGCAGUGUAUAUCUUGCCAAAAAAAAAACAACUGGCGACUACUACGCUAUUAAGGUCCUCAAGAAAGCCGAUAUGGUUGCCAAGAAUCAGGUAACAAAUGUCAAGGCAGAACGUGCAAUCAUGAUGUGGCAAGGUGAGAGCGAAUUCGUCGCUAAGUUAUAUUGGACCUUCUCUAGUAAGGACUAUCUUUAUCUGGUUAUGGAAUAUUUAAACGGAGGUGAUUGUGCUUCUCUAAUAAAGGUUCUUGGCGGACUUUCAGAAGAAUGGGCAAAAAAAUAUCUCGGCGAAGUAAUUUUAGGUGUGAAGCAUCUCCACAGCCGAGGGAUUGUGCAUCGCGACUUAAAACCUGACAACCUUUUAAUCGAUCAAAAGGGCCACUUAAAGCUAACCGAUUUCGGAUUAUCGAGGAUGGGAUUAAUCGGUAGACAAAAGCGAGUCCUCGACAGCAACGCUAACGAUUCCACACCUGAUCUCCUUAAGCAGGGACCUUUCACACGCGCAGCAUCUCUAAGCUCUUCAAGGUCUACAUCGAUAGACUUUCAGGGGUUCCAAUCUCCCAGCCCCCCAUCUAACGAACAGAAUAUGAUAACGCCUUCUUACUUUAACUUGAAUCGGGAUGGUGUAUCGUGUAGGAGGCUUUCUAGGCGCCCUUCUGGCUGGAGUGAGAGUAGCGACAACCUGCAUCGAGCUUUUAGUAGCUUUUCACUUGAGGAUCAGGAUUCUACGAAAUUAGUAAAGCAAAGACGAAUCGAAGAGGCAACUGGGUACGCAUGCAGUCCGCCCAGCCAGUUAUCACAGCACUCUUUGAACAGUCAUCACAACCCUGAACACAAGAAUAACACCCCUUCAAACAUGAUGCCCCUUCCGAUGGCACUUUUUGACCCUGACGACAGCAACCGAAGAUUUGUCGGCACACCUGACUAUUUGGCACCUGAGACCAUCAAGGGGAUUGGACAAGAUGAAACGAGUGACUGGUGGUCAGUGGGAUGCAUUCUUUUCGAGUUUGUCUACGGAUAUCCCCCAUUUCACGCGGGGACUCCUGAUGAAGUUUUCGAAAAUAUCCUUGCUCGCAAAAUCUGCUGGCCAGAUGCACAGGAAUCAGAUGUCUCUGUUGAAGCUAAGGAUCUAAUGAAUAGACUCCUAUGUUUAGAUCCUACAUCGCGUCUUGGUGCUAAUGCUCAUGAUAGAUUUCCUUGUGGUGGGGACGAGGUUCAAGCUCAUGCUUGGUUUGAAAAUGUUGAUUGGGACAAGCUGCUCGAAGAUGAUCCAGAAUUUAUCCCGGCUCCCGCGAAUCCAGAAGAUACUGAAUAUUUUGACGCUCGAGGUGCCAUCUUACAAUCGUUCGCCGAAGAGAUGGAGGAUCAGUCAUCGCCGCAAUCAACUGCACCCGCGUCAGAUUAUCAAGAGAGGCCACACGACGCUCUCUCCCGUGUGCGCUCCCCAGUAGCCUCCAUCAAAAGAAAUAUGGUACCAUUACACAUUCCGCCUCAUGUGCGCGACUCAAAAAGUCGUCGCCUUAGUGAACCAAUUGUAGCUGAUGACUUCGGGAAUUUUACCUUCAAAAAUCUUCCCGUGUUGGAAAAGGCCAACAAAGAUGUUAUUCAAAGGCUCAGAGCGCAAGCAAUAGCCUCUCAACUCAAGUCGACUUGCAUAGCACCUCAAAGUAGCGGUAACUCUAUCCACUUGGCAACCGUUGCCGAUGGAACCCAGCCACUGCAAAGUACUCUUCAGAGAACACUGUCUGGUAUCAAAGUUUCAUCUAGAUCCUCAUCUCCGUCUGGUGUGAGCCAAAGCAAUUCCUCGCCUAAUCGGACUUCUCAGCCCUCUUCGCCCUUGCUUGUUUCGUUCGUUGCUGGUCACACAGAUAGUCGCCGCAAAGUAUCAAACACUUCGUCCAGUCUUGCAAACCAAGCCGUUGGAUCUUUAAAUCCUGUCAAUAUUCCUGAAAACUGCCGUGUACCAGCACAUAAACAAAAUUCAACGUCUGCUCUAACAUCUCCGAACAAAUCUUUAGGAAAAACUCCAUUGCCACUUCCUCCAGUGUCGCCUCCAAAGGUGUCAAACCCCACAAAUAUAUCAGAAAAUACUUACAAUAGAUCUCGGUCAAUGACUAUCGAGUCACAAGAAUCUAAUGGCCCUUCUUUCAGUGAGUUAUAUUCAGCACAUAGGAAGCGGCGGAGCCAAGUUUUCGAAAUGUCUCCCUCAUCUUCAGAUAAUGAAGGUGAUAAAGAGAGUGCAUUCCUUCGUGUUCAGCGUCGUCGCCAGAGCUCUAGACGUUUAUCACAGGUUACUUUCACUGACGGUCCGAUUUUCCGGCCCUUGGAUGUUCUCAUUUGUGAGGAUCACCCCGUAUCGCGGAUGGUAAUGGAAAAGCUUCUCGAAAAACUAAGAUGUAGGAGCAUUACUGUCUCUAACGGUGCCGAAGCUAUGCGGUAUGCUAUGAGUGAAAUAAAAUUCGACAUUAUAUUAAUGGAAUUUAAGUUGCCACAAAUUAAUGGUGCUGAUGUUGCGAGAAUGAUUCGUGAUACCAAGAAUGCGAAUUCGCAAACCCCUAUUGUUGCAGUGACCGGUUAUCUCAAGGACUUACAAGCUCCACAUCAGUUCGACGCAUUGAUCGAGAAACCCCCAACUACCCUAAAAUUGACUGAGAUAAUGUCCCAUUUAUGUCAGUGGAAAGCGCCUACGGCUGGUCAAGGUUAUCCGAGUCCCAUGGGGUAUCCUCAGCUCUCUAGCUUACGAUGGGAGAGCCGACGUUUAGAUGAUAGUCCUACGUCAGGCUCAUCGGGAUCAGCUCAUAUACCUAGCAGCAGCCUGAGAAGCUCCAGCCAAGGAAACUCCAUAAGCUCUAGCAUGUGCGGCGAUGAUUCUGGUGUUUAUAUGAGCGAUCAUGUUCCAAUUAUCGUGAAUCGUAGGGCCACGGGAUCUUGGGAGGGAACUGCAGGGCUCGGAAUUAAAAAUGAAGAAGGUUCAACAGGACCCCGUGACUACAAUAAGCCAUUCCAUCCGCCUAAUCUAAAUUAUCCAUCAUUACGAGGAAAUCCUGAGACAGGUUUUGACCGUUCAGCCCAGCGCUUCGGAGGUAUUUCAAAGGAAAAAUGUAAGAAAUAUCAGCAUCAUGAGCCUGAUUGUAUAGAGUCAGAGGACGAGGAGGGCCAAGCUCGAGAUCUCUCUAUGCCAAAGAGAUGUCCAAGAGGGAAAACGCAAGGUCACACACAUCGGGAAUCAAAGCUUGGCAUUGAAAUGAUGCGUACAAAUAGUCGAGGAAGUGUUGUAUCGGUUCCGGACCUCAAUUCCGAUCCAGAAAUCUUUAAUUAUUCGAGUUUGAAGGAAGAAGCCAGCUUCAAGGGAACCGAAUGUGCAAGAAUGUUAUCACCCAAGUCAUCUUUCAUAGGCACUAGUAAAGCCAACCAAGAAAAACAAAAAACGCCCCAACACGCUUUAUUGAAGUCCGUAACUACGGAUGAAUUAACCCCUCGAGGGCCUUCCAACUUAUCUAGUCAAAGUCAACGAAACAAUUCUCAUGGCCGGCACAGAUAA